CUGCUGUCCUAGAUAACUUGUCUCUGUACAUAAAACCACCUUUAGAGCGCUGGCUGAAAAUGUAAUUAACAGUAUUUUUUUUUUUUAAUCAUUUGAUUUUGCUACUAUGGUGUGAUGGAGAGGAAAACACUCACAAGAAGUCUAGUUAAAAAAAAAACAACAACGAUGCGCAUUUGCAGCGUCUUACUUUGAAUAGCGGUGUGGAAAAACGGUGGGUACCAUAAUUACGUGAAUUGUAUGUGCUUCAGCGUUCUUGCCUCGGUUUGUUGAUCAGUCGGGGACAGUCAGACGGUCUUUGGAAAACUACAGUGCUUUAUAAUAUCACUUGUUUUCUAUUAGGACGGGUACUGUAUACGCACAAGUUCGAACGCUACUACAGGAAAGGGCUGAUAACGGAAACUAAAAUUGAAAAACAAAAGUCUUGAAUCUACGGUACCUGUUUAAAAAUUAAACCCGAGGGUUCCUUCAUAGAAGAGGACGUAAAAAUCACCCAGAUUUGUUUUGGAGAACAGCUACCACUAUUUGACAGGUUGUCAUUUAGCGGUAUUGCACUGCAAAAUACGACUUUGUUCUUCCGUUGCGGUUAUAAAGUUCAACGGCAAUUGCAACCUGUUUACUUUUAUUUUAAUUCGGGAACUGAUGUGGAAAUAAUAUUCAAUGAAAAAAUAUAUAUUCCCCGUUUGCCAAUGGAAAUGCAUCGGUGCGUGUAUGAUUUAUAACAGUAGCCGUCCCAAGACUCUGAAUCAUAUCGCUUUUUGAUUUUUGUCCUAUGCACAAGUGCUGAUGCUUACCAUACAAAGUUAGAUAUUAAUUGCAAUAUAAGCGUUUGUCAAGGACAAGGACAUUUGUACAGCUUCUGAUACAAAAUACGCUUUCACUGACAUUGUAGAGGUAUAUUACAAUGACCAAGUCCUUGAAGCGAAUGCGGGGCACACCCUCGUUAAAUUGCUGCUGUGUCGUGUUUAACAUCUUUAAGGAACCUUGCUGAAGAACUUUCACGGACAGAGUGUUUUAUUUUAGCAUUGGAUGUCCUGUAUUUAGAAAUGUGCGUACUGUCAUAUCAACCAUGUGGGAGGCGUUUUUUCUUUUCAUGAGGAGGACAGUUUGCGGUACCUCUCGGUUUAAAAAGUGCACGGUGCUCCUGCUGCUGCCUGGCAGUGGCACACAAUUCGUAUCUCGUUGAAGGAGAAUAUUUUACAGCAAGGCAGAAGAGCGAGAGUUGGGCGCUGUACAACAACCAGCAUCUCCUGUUCCGUUCACAGAUCUCACAGCACGGCAAUACAAAAAGGGCCAUCACCAUGGAGAGGGUGCUCGUCUGUUUCCUCUUGCUCAAUGUGCCUGUGUCAGCCAUGCUGUGUCCCAAGAGAUGCACAUGCCAGAAUCUGCUGCCUUCCUACACCGUCCUCUGUGCAAAGACAGGACUCCUGUUUGUGCCACCCAACAUCGACAGGAGAACAGCAGAGCUUAGACUCAUGGACAACUUCAUCACCACACUGAGAAAGAAGGACUUUGCCAACAUGACCAGCCUCAUUCACUUGACUCUGUCUCGGAACACCAUCAGCCAAAUCACACCCUUUGCAUUUGUGGAUCUCCACGAUUUGCACGCUUUACACCUAGACAGCAACCGGUUGACCCUGGUCAACGACGAGCACUUUCAGGGCUUGAUUAACCUUCGCCAUUUGAUCCUCAGCAAUAACCAGCUGCAGUCUAUUUCCGAAGGGUCCUUUGAGGACUUCUUAGAAACCUUAGAGGAUUUGGACCUAUCCUACAACAAUCUGAGGGAAAUCCCUUGGGAUACUAUCAGUAGGCUUGUCAGUGUCAACACCCUCAGCUUGGACCACAACCUCAUUGAGUUCGUCCCUGAAGGCAUCUUCUCCAACCUUCACAAGCUCGCCCGACUGGAUAUGACCUCCAACAAGCUCAAGAAGAUCCCACCCGACCCUCUGUUCCUGAGGAUCCCUGUGUAUGCAAAAAUGAAAGGAUCUCCCUUGACCUCCAUGGUCCUCAGCUUUGGUGGCAACCCUUUACACUGUAACUGUGAGCUGGUUUGGCUCAGGAGACUUACAAGAGAGGAUGAUCUUGAGACAUGUGCCUCCCCACGGGAUCUCAUGGGCAAAUACUUCUGGACCAUCAAGGAAGAAGAGUUCAUCUGCGAACCGCCAAUGAUCACCAGGCAUACCUCCAAAAUGUUUGUCAUGGAAGGGCAAGAGGUAAGCCUCAGGUGCAAAGCCAUUGGGGACCCUGAACCGUCCAUUCACUGGAUCUCCCCAGAUGGGAAAGUAAUCGCCAACACAUCUCGGACAACAUCCUACGAGAACGGGAGCUUAGAUAUUCUCACUACCACCAUCAAAGACUCUGGGAUGUUCACCUGCAUCUCCUCUAACGCUGCAGGGGAGUCCACCGCCCCAAUAGAACUCAUUGUUAAUCCUUUCCCUCUCCUCAAUAACCGAACAAGCCACAUGAAGGAAUCAGAGCCAGAGCCCUCGGAUAUCCUGACCUCAGUCAAGUCUGCCAAUGAAACCAGCGGCAAAAAGAACAAGAGAGUGCUGGCUACUGAAGUGACGUCCUCGUCCGUCAUGAUUAAAUGGACGCCCCAGAACCACAUACCUGGGAUUCGGAUGUACCAGAUCCAAUACAACAGCUCAUCCGAUGGUAUCUUGAUUUAUAGGAUGAUUCCCUUCUCCAGCAAGUCCUUCCUCUUGAGUGACCUUGCCUCCUCGAGGGAGUAUGACCUGUGCGUGCUGGCGGUGUACGACGACGGAAUCACCUCGCUGACGGCCACCAAACUCCUCGGCUGCGUCCACUUCGUCACCGACAAGGAGUACAAGCAGUGCCGCUCCAUCCACGACCAGUUCCUGGGAGGGACCAUGAUCAUCAUCAUCGGAGGGAUCAUAGUGGCCUCGGUGCUGGUUUUCAUCUUCAUCCUGCUCAUGAAAUACAAGGUCUACAACAACCAAUACAAGCAGAAUCAGGCCAAAGUCAGCAACGUCUGCUCCCAGACCAACGGGAGCCAUGCCGGGACCUCCUCAGGAUCCACCAUGAAGUCAGCAGAGAAAUACGAGGUGCACUGCCAGGAGGGAUACGGGGCCACUCUCAAAGGGACGACCAUAGUGGAUUUGAACCCUGAUUGUGGGAAAACGACCACAGAGGAUGAUGCGAUAUCACAAUAACACAGGGUGACUUCUUGCACACAGCUCUCUGACUGCCUUAUGAAGAAUUAUCAGGUGUUCAAGUUGUAGCUCUAUUUGAGGGAACAUAAACAAACUGGGCUGCCAGCAGGGCCUGCUUUCUGGGAUUUAGGCUAAAAACAAGAUUGAACAUGCUUGUCCGACAUUGAAGCUAAUACUCUUCUUUCCUCAAAACAGGUAUGAAAAGAACUGCACACCCUUGGUGUAUAGUGAAAUUGAUGCGAUCAAAAGAAUUACGUUCUGUGGAUAAAAAGACAGUGGAUGCCGCCUUUUAUUUCUAACAAAAAACAACUCUGGAAUACAAAAUAAACCAUCCUCUGGUGGUGCUGAACAAUGAUAACAAUAACACACGACAUGCAUUUGAGAUAAAACUUUUUACACAGUGAAGAUCUUGGAUAAAGUUUAUGCAACAUGCCGCACACAAUGUGUUUCUGUGUUCACCUUGACAUGUUAGGAAUUCUCUUUUUUGUAAAACGGAAUAAAGUCUAAAACUGCACCAAGUUAACUGAUAUUGCAACACUCUGCUGGCACUUGGACUAUCUUGGCUGUGGGUUCCACUUUCUGGGCACAUCCAGGAUGUAUAAACCUGGGCUAAAGACUCACAGUACAGUACUGUGCUACAUAUUUCCAUCAGGGCUAAAUGGAAUGCAGUUUAAAUUCAGUCCUGUUCGUUUCAGAUAUCUGAUAUAUACAGAAGAUUGAAUUGAAGUUGCAGCCCAAGAUUGAUAUUGGAGGUUUUAAAACAAAUCGGUUUCAUGGUGCAAAUGGAAACGUGGAAUAUUUUGACAAUAUAAAUGAAACAAAGGAAAACGUCUGAUUGCAAGAACUGUAGAAAACAUUGGCUACAAAAUGGAAAUUUGUGAUUUCACAGGACGAGGCACACAAGGAAUAACCAACAUUCACAAGCAAAAUGUUUGUUUUACAAAAGUGGGGGCUCUUUGUAAACUCAAAAGAUGUAUUAAUACUGUACAGAUUGUUUCCCAGUUCAUUUGCCAGACUUUCUUUGUUUUGUUUUUACAAAAAGGGAUCUAAAUUUCCUUUCUAAAAGCUACAGACAACCAACCUACAAAAAAAGUGUAACAUUUUGAAAAAUUAUAUACUUACCAUCCAAGUAUUUCUAUCUGAAUUAAGCAUUUCAUCAUUUCUGAUUUAAAAUCCAUUUUUUUCUUUAAAAAAAAAUCUAAUGGCAUUUUAUGCUUUCAAAAGGUACUGUAUAUUAUGCGGGUUUAUAUGACAAAUAAAGUAUUUUUGUAUAAGUUUUGCAAAACCUAUU